UUUAGUGAUUUUUUAUUCACCGAGGAUCUAUUUAAACUUGAAUUGAUCAAGAGUUUUUUAAAAAUGGACGCACCAGGAUUCACAGAAUUUGCUAGAGCAAUGAUAGAUUACAUCACAAAUUAUCUGGAAAACAUAAGAGACAGGCAAGUUCUUCCAACAGUUAAGCCAGGUUAUAUAAAACCAUUAUUACCAGAUGAAGCUCCACAAACUCCAGAAAGAUGGGAGGAUGUUAUGGCUGAUAUCGAGAAGAUUAUCAUGCCCGGUGUCACUCAUUGGCAGAGUCCAAAAUUUCAUGCCUAUUUUCCCACCGCACAAUCUUAUCCAGCAAUUGUUGCUGAUAUGUUGAGUGGUGCAAUCGCUUGCAUUGGAUUCACGUGGAUUGCAAGUCCAGCUUGUACUGAAUUAGAAGUUGUAAUGUUGGAUUGGCUCGGAAAAAUGAUUGAUCUACCAAAAGAAUUUUUGGCAUGUAGUGGUGGAAAAGGAGGCGGUGUAAUACAGGGAACAGCAAGUGAAGCAACUUUGGUCGCACUUUUAGGUGCAAAAGUGAAAAAAGUCAAACAAAUCAAAGAACAACAUCCCGAAUGGUCGGAUUAUGAAAUUAUCGAAAAAUUAGUCGCCUAUGCUUCUUGCCAGGCACACAGUUCAGUGGAGAGAGCUGGUCUAUUGGGUGGUGUGAAAUUUCGACUUUUGGAAACUGACUCCAAGCACAGUCUUAGAGGUGAAACAUUGGAAGAUGCUGUGAAGGCGGACAAAGAAAAGGGUCUUAUUCCAUUUUAUGCUGUUUCAACUUUGGGUACAACAUCGUCAUUAACAUUUGACAGACUCGAUGAAAUGGGUCACGUAUGUAAUAGAGAAGAAAUUUGGCUCCAUGUGGAUGCUGCAUAUGCAGGAUCAGCUUUCAUUUGCCCGGAAUUUCGUUAUCUAAUGAAAGGAAUUGAAAUGGCAGAUUCAUUUAAUUUCAACCCGCAUAAAUGGAUGCUCGUCAAUUUUGAUUGUUCGCCAAUGUGGUUAAAGGAUCCAACUUACGUUAUCAAUGCUUUUAACGUUGAUCCUUUGUAUUUAAAACACGAUAUGCAAGGAUCGGCUCCAGACUACAGGCAUUGGCAAAUUCCAUUGGGUCGUCGUUUUCGAUCAUUAAAAUUAUGGUUCGUCUUACGACUGUACGGUAUAGAAAAUUUGCAAAAACAUAUUAGAAGUCAUGUAUCGCAGGCUCACGAAUUUGAAGCAUUAGUACAAUCUGAUUCUCGUUUUGAAAUUGUCGAAGAUGUUGUACUCGGAUUGGUUUGUUUCCGACUCAAGGGUUCAAAUGAUUUAAAUGAAAAUCUCCUGAAAAGAAUUAAUGGAUCUGGUAAUAUUCAUCUUGUACCAUCGAAAAUUAAAGAUACAUUUUUUCUACGAUUGGCAGUUUGCUCAAGAUUUAGCGAAAGUAAAGAUAUUCAAUAUUCAUGGCAAGAAAUUAAACUUCGUGCCGAUGAAAUACUUGAAGAGCAAUCAAUUUCAAAGUGAUGGCGGGCGCGAAUAACUCGUAGUUGCAAAGCCAUUGCUCCUGAUACUUGUAAUCAGUCUUAAAAUUCAAAAAACUCCAAAAUUAUUACACACAAAAAAAAAAAACAAAAAAAUGAAAAAAAAACUUAAAAAUAGGACGCAAAAUAUAAAUCUGCAUUUAUUAAUUUAUUAUAAUUUUUUUUUCUAUAUUUUCCAUUUAAAAUGUUUGAUUAAUUAAGAAAAUUGUUUUUUUUUAAUUUUUAAUUAACAGUAUUAUGAAUUGUUAUUCAAUUUUCUUUUUAUAAGUGUUUUAAGAAUAUUUUCCAAUUGUACAUAAACGUCAGCUAAAAUAAUUAUUGAUUGUGAAUUAAUUACUCUAUAUAUGUAAAUGUAUUAAGAAAGUUAAGGCCACCAAAGAACAUUAAUUUGUUAUAGUCAACGAAAUUGACAUCGAAAGUUAUAUAAUAUUUCUGAAAUAAAUUCACAAUCAACUGUUUUAAAUAAAUUAUUUUCAAUUAAAUGGUAACAAUGAGUUUCAAAAAAAUAGCUUUUUUGCAAAAAGUACAUUUAAUAUAUAUAUAUAGUAACAAAAAUUUUGUGCUUUGCAGUUAAUCAAAUCGAAAAAAAAAUUUAGCUUCAUAGAUAACAAAAUUCGAUGUUAGUGAACAAUAUUUCCAAUUUGUUGUUAGAGAACAAAUAAUCAACUGUUUAACAAAAUAAAUUUGGAAAAAUUAUCAAAAAUUAUUUUUUUAAUUUACAUUUUCAAUAUAUAAAAUUUCAGCUUCUUAAUUUAAUAUUUUAAUUAAAUUUUUUAUUUAUAUUUUAUAUUUCCAUUCAUAAUUAUGUUUUUAUUAAUUUUUUUUCUGAAAAAAAAAUUAAAAUUUCAAUUUCUGUGUUUCAUAAUUAUUAUAUGAUUAUAUAGUUGUAAAUGAAUGUUGUAAUAUUGUAAAUAAGUCUCAGUUGCGCGACUCUCUUGUGCGCAAAAAAAUUGUAAUCCUUCUUGUUGAACAAAGAAAAAAAAAUAUAUUUAUUUAUAGAGUACAUAUCGACUAUAAUCGAGUACUCAACACAACGUUAAAUACUCGUGCUGCAGCUGAGACAAUAAUAUUUUUAGAAAAAUAAUUAGUCGGCACAUAUUUAAAAAAAAGGGGAUCACUUUAAGUGAUUAAUUAAUUUUCGAAAAGUGCAAAAAAAAAUAAAUUUUACACAAUUGUUUUUUUUAAAUCCAUUUUUUUCUAAUUAAUUCAUGUAAAUGAAUUUAAUGCUUCUUUUAACGAUUAAUUAAUUGCAAUCAAUUUAAUUAUAAAAUUAAUUCCAUAGUUAA